AUGGAAUUUACCUCCGAUGAUGCCCGUGAACACGCAGCAGGUUUCGGCACGAUAGCAUUCAAUUAUCCUGUAACCAUUGUCGAUUUAAAGGCACACCUCUCUAUUGAACUCAAUGACGAAACAGAAAUCCCCUAUCAGAUUGAAACCAACACAGCGACAGCACGAACGGUAAAAUUCGAGACAACACGCAUAAAACGCGGCAGCGCAGACCGAGAGAUAAAGAUUAAGAUUGAAAAAGGGUUCAAAUGUACAGGUGGGAAAAUUGGUUUAGAAAAAUCAAGUGUUACACCGGUAAUACUCCGAGGGAGAGGGACACUUGGCGUAACAUACUCUGACGUUUGGGAAAGUGCUGGAACACCCUAUAUUUCGGUGAGUUUCAGUGCACCGGUACUCAGUGAUGCUAUUGAGCCGUACAUAGAACUGACACCAGCAGUAGCAUAUCAGGUGACAUCCGACUAUCGAAACGUACAGAUUCACGGCAAUUUCAAACGGCGCACUACCUACACGCUGAAGAUUCGGCACGGUCUAACAGCCCGAAACGAUGCCGUCUUAAAACAAGAUUAUAUGACGCGCCUCAAAAUUCCGGAUAUCCGACCCCAACUUCGGUUUCUCGGCGACGGUUUCUUCCUCGCGAGAAAGGGUCAACUGAACUUAGGUCUCGCAACAAUUAACAUUAAACGUGUGAAACUCAAUAUCGAAAAAGUUUUUGCGAACAAUCUUAUCUAUGUGUCGAAAUUAGAACGAUGGAGUCGCUGGAGCAGCAACUUAGGUAAACCUAUUCAUACAGAAGAGCUUGAUAUCCCCGCCCAAUUGAACGAGGAGGUAACAACACCUAUCUCCUUGGAAGAAUAUCUCUCAGACGAACAUGUCGGUAUCUUCAAGGUUGUGGCGCGAAACGCAGAGAGGGAGUGGGACAGCGCGCAUCAAUGGGUGCUCAUCACGGAUUUGGGGAUCAGUGCCAAACGCACAGGAGAUAGGCUAUACGUUUGGGUGAGAUCACUCGCUACUGGCUCGCCAGUACCAACAGCGCGCGUCAAACUUAUCAGUGAUAAUAACCAGACGUUACUCGAGGGGACAACUAACUGGGCAGGAUAUGUUGAGUUCACAGAUGUUACGGAGAAGACAGAAGACUUCACACCGUUUAUGAUUACCGUCGCGAAACGGGACGAUCUCGCUUUCAUUCAACUCAACCGACACGAAAUUGCAACAGCAGACUUCAACAUUGCCGGCUCUGCCUACUUGCAAAAAGGUUAUGAAGCGUUUCUCUACACAAGCAGAGGCGUCUAUCGACCCGGCGAAACCGUCCAACUUGCUGGAAUUGUUCGAGGACCAAAGCAGGUAACACCACAACCGCUUCCCACACGGAUUGAAGUGCUCUCCCCAAAUGGCAGAAUCAUGCGAGAGUUAAGACUGCAAACAAACAAAAGCGGUGCCUGCGAUGUGCAAAUUCCCAUUCCUGACUAUGCCCUGACUGGUAAUUAUAUCGCCAAGAUGCGGAUCGCUGACCGGGUCGUUGGAAGAGUCCAAUUUCAGGUUGAAGAAUUUAUGCCUGAUCGGAUAAAAGUCGCUGUAACAGCGGAUAAAUCCACCUACAAACUUGGAGAGGAACUUGACAUUGAAGUGUCCGCUAUUAAUCUGUUCGGUCCUCCAGCAGUAGGCCGCAAGGUGGAAGCUUCCUGUGAAUUGGAAGCAGUUCCAGAAUUGGAUUGGGAGAAGCCAAAACUGACGCAGCAGGGCAAAGCGUAUUAUCAAUUCACGAUUCCUGAAACGCUGAAAGCACCUUCUCUGCUAAACGGCACUCUGACAGCGACCGUCAGCGAAGCCGGUGGCAGAUCUGUCACGGCUUCUCACCGAGUUGUGAUCCAUCCGUACUCGCAUUAUGUUGGGAUCCGACGAACAACGACGGGGGACGUAAAAAUUAACCAACCGCUCCGAUUCGACUACAUCGCUGUUAACAAUGCAAUGGCAGUGGCAUCGGAAAGAGACCUAAAACUAAGCCUCUACAAAGUUCACUGGAACACUAUACUUCGUCAGAACAGUGCAGGGCGUUACGAGUACGUCUCUGAACCUCAGACAACGGAAGUGGAAACGGUCGCCUUAACUUCGGCAGAGACAGUACAGACAGUGACCUUAACUCCCUCAGACUAUGGUGAAUACCGCGUCCGUCUUGAGGACAUCACCUCAACGGCGACUGCAGAACUCGGAUUUUACGUCAGCGGAUGGGGAAACAUCCCAGUUUCUAUGGAACAUCCCACUCGACUGGAACUGACGCUUAAUAAGUCUGCUUACCGUCCGGGGCAAACAGCAAAACUGUAUAUUAAGGCACCGUUUCCGGGCACACUCCUGUUGACUGUCGAACGGGAAAAGGUGUUGAGUUACCGGACAAUAGUGAUGAAAAAUAACACCAUAACUUUAUCAAUUCCAGUCCGGUACGCCUAUAGACCGAAUGUGUAUCUCUCUGCGACGCUGACUCGCGCCAUCCCGAUGGAAGGGGCCGCGACUGACAAGAAGUCGCUUCUCCCUGUGCGCGCGUUUGGGGUGAUUCCAUUAAAGAUAGACGAAACACGGAGACGGCUUUCGAUAGAGAUGUCGCUCAAUCAGACAAACGAUGCCGGUGAUAUGCAGAAGAUUUCGCUCGCCAGUCCGGAAAGGAACACAGAGUCUGUGGAGACUUCUCAGUCUGAAGAUAGCGAAGUGACAGUACUACCGAAUAGCGAAGUGACCAUAGCGUUCGAAGUCCACGGUAGGCGUUCUUGGCAAAAAUAUGAUGUCUGUAUCGCAGCUGUUGAUGAAGGGAUCCUGACGUUAACCGACUUCAAAACACCCAACCCACACGACUACUUCUAUCGACAGCGCGGGCUUAAGACGCGCUCCUUUGACCUGUAUAGUGGGAUUCUCCCUGAAAUCGCAAAUGUCACCGACAAUUCAAGUACAGGGGGGGAUGCGGCUACGGCACGGCAAGCGGAACUGCGGAAGCGAUUGAGUACAGGCAGCAUCCGGCGAGUAAAGCCGAUUUCACUCUGGUCCGGAUUCGUGAAAACUGAUGGAAACGGUCGCGGUACUGUUCAAUUCAAGAUUCCACAGUUCAAUGGGACAUUGAGGUUGAUGGCAGUCGCAUUCGCGGGUGGAGACUACGGUGGCACGGAAGCGUAUCUGACUGUCCGCGAACCCAUUGUCUUAACGCCGACAUUUCCACGAUUCCUCGCAGGUGGUGAUAAGGUUCGUGUACCUGUUACCCUCUUUAACGACACAGGCGCGGAAGGGGAAUUUACUGUCGAAUUGCAAGCAUCAGGCGACGUGCGACUCCUUUCAGCAAGUGAUGUCAAUCCGCCCGAAACAUCACCUCAGGCGGCUUCGGAGAAACCUUUACAAACUUUAGAAACUGAGAACAUAGUAGACAAACUCAGUAUAGAUAAGAGGGUUGACGCAGGCGCAGAAGCACAAGUUUUUUUCGAUAUUCUCGUUCAGGAUGCAAUUGGGGAAGUCAACUUCAAUCUUUCUGCGCACGGUAAUACACAAACAACACAACUGGAGACAAAAAUCCCACUGCGUUCCGUCGCGCCACCUAUCACGAAAACAGGACACGGAGUGGUGCGCGCGGGUGAACCUGUUGAUUUCAUUUUCCCGUCGAAUUUGAUACCUGAUUCGUCAGAGUUUAGUCUCACGUUGUCGCCGUUCCCAAAUAUUAGGUUUGCGGACAGUCUCCGCUACCUUAUACGUUACCCACACGGCUGCCUGGAACAAACAACGAGCCAGGUUUUUCCACUGCUUUACUUCAGCGACUUGGCGCGAAGCGUCGAACCGAUGCUGGCAGCAGAAGACUCAGUGGACCAUUACAUCACAUCGGGUAUCACGAAAAUCGAAAGUAUGUUGAAAUCAGAUGAUCGUUUUGCUUACUGGCCCGGUGGCACUUACGUGAACCCAUGGAGCAGUAUCUAUGCGUCCCACUUCCUCGUCGAGGCACGAAAGGCAGGUUACGAGGUAGCGGACCGGGUUUACGACGCGAUGCUCAAUGGUUUAAAAGCACAGGCGAAAUUCUCACCAAACACGGAAGACGAAAAUGGAGCACAAGAAAUAAGAAAAAAGAUUUCAUUAGCAACCUAUGCCGCCUACGUCUUAGCUGCCGCUGGACACCCCGACCGAGGCACGAUGCACUACCUGAAGAACAGAGGCUUGAGCGGACUCAGCGAUUAUAGCCACUUUCAACUCGCAGGGGCGUUCGCCCUCAACGGCGAACUGGAAACUGCUCUGUCAAUGCUACCGGUGUCAGUAUCACCCAAUUUUAAUAAGAGUACUGCACAACGCGAAACAGGCGGAACGCUUGAUUCCCCGAUUCGAGCCCAAGCCAUCAUGUUAGAUGUUCUUGCCGAAGUUAACGAAAACCAUCCGUCAAUCCCAAUGCUUGUCCAAAAUCUAAGUGAGGCAGCAUCUGAGGGGAACCGAUGGGCAACAACACAAGAAAACGCCUUUGCGUUUCUGGCACUCGGCAAGAUCCUGAAGAAACAGAUGGAUAGAAACUACACCGGUACCCUGACGCUCAACGAUGAACAUUUCGCCGACUUCGACGCAACAGAGACGCGCUACACCGAUAAAGCGUGGGACGGGACGCGUGUGCAACUCUCCGUCAUAGGUGAAGGAAGUUGCUACUACUAUUGGAGCGCGUUUGGUAUCCAACGCGACUCUUUCAUCGAAGAAUAUGAACGCGAACUACAGGUGCGCAGACGCUAUUUUAACAAAGACGGUGAAGAACGGACAGGCACCUUUCGGACACGGGGAACUGAUCAUCGCCGAGGAUUCGAGAUUGAGAAUCCGCGGUUAGAAUCCCGAGCAGGUAUUCCAUGGUUGAAAGCACAGGACUUCAAACCGGAUUAUAUUGAUAUUCGCGAUGACAGGCUCAUCUUUUUCGGUAUGUUUCCGGUUACCGCUACAAGGUUUGUUACUGAAAACUGUUAA